CCCCGGUUCGCAACCCCGUCACCCUGAGUCAAUCCUGCAAGCUAGCAACACCACCAAUGCCUCUGAGGUAUACGGAGUAAAACAUCCCUCAUAGACAAAGUUCUACGUCUUUGUUCAUUGAAUUCCUUACCGCUGUAUCGCCAUGAGUACAGACUUGUCGACAUCGGUGAAAAAGUCAGCUUCCGCCGAGGAGUCUGCGCCAAAGAGAAAACACGUCCGUGCUUGUAUUGUCCAUACCUGGGACCACAAGACCUCAAAGGCGUUUUGGAAUGCCCUCAAACUUCAGCCUCUUCUGAAUGAUGAGGUUCAGGCAUUUAAGGCUUUGAUUGUCAUUCAUAAGGUUCUCCAAGAAGGUCAUCCAAUUGCGUUGAAGGAAGGCUUCAAGAACAAGGACUGGCUAAUCAAUUUGGGCCGCGGUAUCCACGGGGAUGGUGUUAAGGGCUACGGCAGUUUAAUUAAAGGCUAUGUCAAGUUCAUUGUCGCUAAGCUCGACUUCCACCACCAGCACUCGGGGUUCAAUGGUGUGUUCGAGUACGAAGAAUACAUCUCCUUGAAAACCACGAGUGACCCAAAUGAAGGCUAUGAGGCAAUUUUGGAUUUAAUGGGAUUGCAGGAACAAAUCGAUGACUUCCAGAAGAUGAUCUUCUCCACCAUCAACCACACCAGAAACAAUGAGUGCAGGAUCUCUGCCUUGGUGCCUUUGAUUGCUGAGAGCUACGGAAUUUACAAGUUCAUCACCUCCAUGAUGAGAGCGGUGUACAAAACCACUGGCGAGAGGGAAGCUUUGUUGCCUUUGGUUGAUCAGUUCGAAGAUCAGCACUCGAGGCUUUUGGACUUUUACAGCGAUGCCCAGUCCAUCAGAUUCUUGACUACUUUGGUCACGAUUCCAAGAUUAGGCGCGGCUCCUCCGGAUAUCUUCAUUGAGGGUAGUCCAGAAGAGCCCCAAAGACUGGCCAAGUCGACGAGUCCGCAUCCUGCUUCUAUUACCGCUACCCCCGAACCAGCUGCCGUCGCCCCUCCCCCGGAGGUUAUGCCUCAGCAGGCAAGUGCUGUGUUCCUGCAGCCCACCGGAAUGCAAAUGUUUUCCAACAACCAGCAGCAGUUUGAGCUUGAGCAGCAAAGGUUGGAGCAUGAGCGCCAGCAACAGAUCUUGCAGCAGCAGCAGCAGCAGCAGCAGCAGCAACAGGCCAUGUUUGAACAACAGCAGCUCCAGCAGCAAGAAGCUGCCAUGAGAGCCGAACAGGAGUUGAGAACUCUGCAAUUGCAGCACCAGACGCAGGGGCGUGUUGCUGAACUUGAGCGUGACUUGUUGACAUUGAAAAACCAGUACGACAACGAUCAAUUGUUGUUACAGCAAUAUGACUCCCAGAUGAGAACCUUGGAGUUAGAGUUGUCUCAGUUGCAGGCAAGCUGCGAACAGCAAUUGGGAAGCAAGAACGAGUCCAUCACCAAUUUCCAAGAACAGAUUUUGAUGUGGAAGAGCAAGUAUGACAGCUUGGCCAAGUUGUACUCCCAGUUAAGAUCGGAGCAUUUGACCUUGUUGAAUAAGUUCAAGAAAUUGCAGCAGAAGGCAGCCUCUGCCGACGAGUCCAUUGAGAAGAAGGAGAAAAUGAGCAAGGAGAUGAAGUUGAAGAACAUUGAGCUUGCCGAUCUCAUUAGAGAAAGAGACAGGGCCCGGUUGGAGUUGGAUAGGCUCAAGGGGGGUAAAGACAGUGAGAUCUCCAAAUUGGAGGCCGAGUUGAGACAGGUGCAAGACAGUUUGUCCCAGACCGAGAAGCAACAGUCUUCAAACUUGACCGCAAUUUUUGACUCCCACCAGAAAGAGUUGCUGUCUUUAAAAGCAAAGUUGUUGGAACAGACAAGCGUAUUGGAGUCUGUUUCCCCUGACACGGUCCAGGAAUUGUCCAAGCAAUUGGCGGCUAAAGACGACGAGUUGGAGAUUAUGCACCAAACCAUGGAAAACGCCCUACACGAACUCUCGUUGCACCAGGAUGAUGCCGACAAAGCCAUUGAUGAACAAAUCGAUGAGAUUUUGAGCGAUAACAUCACAAAGUUCAAGGCCUUGAUGGACUGCAUCUUGCGCUCCAAUAUCCAGAGAAUCCAAUCGGCCGUGUUUGCUGCCGAGUCCAAUUCCCAGGCAGGGAACCAAUUGUCCACCCCAGAGUUCUUGUUGUCUCUUUGUGAAGAAUGCGGCGUCAAGACGAACGAGUUUGCGUUCAAUUUCAAUGACUACAUCGCAGACGGGCCAAACGGAGACCACUCAAAGAUUAUCUCCUCCUCUUCCGAAUUUGUUGGUGCGGUAUGCGACAUUCUUUUGAACUCCAAGGGUAUCACUCGCUUGUUCGGUGACGAAGAGGCUUCGACUCUUUUGCGCUCCGCUAAGCAGGUUUCCGGCCGCUCCGAAGCGCUAUUCUUGAACUUGUUGUCGUCCAAGUUGGACGUCUUGAGUGACGAUGAAAAGUUUGACCAAGUUAUCAACUCAAACAUUUCGGUGCAGGAGUCCUUGCAAGACUUGAUCGAACUCGUUGAAACCUUAAAUCCUAUGCAUUCUUCUUUGUCCUCCAAGAAUGUGAACUUGGGCGAGCUUGUUGAAGAUGAAAUGAACCAGGCUGCCAAAGCCAUUUCUGCCGCAUCGGACCACUUGCAGAUGUUGUUGACGAGGUCGGUUGAUCCGUCUGUGUCUAGUAUCGAUACGGAGAUUAACAAGGCAAUUUUGUCUGCCGCCAUCGCCAUCACCAAUGCCAUCGCCCAAUUAAUCAAGGCCGCAACCGAGACCCAACAGGAGAUCGUUGCCGCUGGGAAGGGCUCCACCUCCCGGGCCGCAUUCUACAAGAAGCACAACAGAUGGACGGAAGGGUUGAUCUCGGCCUCGAAAUCGGUUGCUGAGUCCACCAACAUCUUGAUUAAGACUGCGGAUGGCGUUUUAUCUGGCUCCAAGUCCUACGAGGAAUUGAUUGUCGCCUCUAAUGAAGUUGCGGCUUCCACCGCGCAGCUUGUUGCAGCCUCCAGGGUCAAAGCUUCUUUCAUGUCCACCAAGCAGGAUGGGUUGGAAGCUGCCUCUCAAAACGUUACUCGCGGCUGCAAGGCAUUGGUCGACACUGUCCGUAAGUUGAUCGAGGACAAGGGCGACGGUGCCAUCUCCACCGUGGAUUACUCCAAGUUGUCUUCGUAUGAGAAUAAGACUGCUGAAAUGGAGCAGCAAGUUGAAAUUUUGAAACUUGAGAACAUGCUUUCCUCCGCCCGCAAAAGAUUAGGUGAGAUUAGAAAGUAUGGCUACAGAGCGGACGAAUCGGACAGCGAAUAAGCUGAGGGGACUGGUUGCCGAUGACUAUUUAUUUUAUACCUGAGUAUCGGAAACCGGUUUAUGCUUUGUAGAUUGUUGGAUCAGGGAUGAAUUCGAAUAGACUAUUUGUGUGUGUGUCCACGAAAAGAUCAGUGCUAGUGCUAGAAUUGGUGAUGUAAGUGUUGUAAUAUGGCACAAUGCUAUUAUCAAUGUUUAGGUGGUUAAAUAUAGGAUUUUCUAAGGAGCCUGGA